UCGCCCCGGCCGGAGUUUGCACCACGCGCGUCCUGAACCUGAGGGCAUCAUGUCCUGAGGCGAUGGGGGCGCAGGUGUUUCGUGCAUUCAGGAACUUCAACCUGGAGAACCGAGCCGAAAGAGAAAUCAGCAAGAUGAAGCCUUCGCCGGCUCCCAGGCACCCGUCCACCCACAGUCUCUUGGGAGAACAGCUGAGACAUCAUCCCGAAAUUAAGGGAGAAAUUGCUAGCAAAAACGACAAGCUGCUUGCCUUACUAAAAGAUGUGUAUGUUGAUUCCAAAGAUCCUGUAACUCCCGUGCAGGUAAAAGAUGCUGAAACUCGUCAAGAACCAAAGGAAUUCAGAUUGCCAGUAGGCCAUCACUUUGAUAUGAUGGAUAUUAAGAACAUUCCUAAAGGCAAAAUUUCCAUUGUAGAAGCACUGACACUUCUCAAUAAUCAUAAGCUUUAUCCAGAGACCUGGACUGCUAAGAAAAUAGCACAGGAAUACCAUUUAGAACUGAACGAUGUAAAUUCUCUUCUCAAAUAUUUUGUUACUUUUGAAGUAAAAAUCUUUCCUCCUGAAGACAAGAAAGCAAUACAAUCAAAAUGAAGAAAACUGUGAAAGUGCUUUUCCUUUGUGUACUUCCCAUCCUCAUAUAUUGUUUGUUUCCUUGUUUUUAGCAUAUUAAAUUAUAUAAGUUGCCUGGUGUGUAAUGCUCCCGACUUGUGAAAGCAUACUGUUUAUUGAGCUCUGCUGACCUCUCAGUGUUGCUUAUGGAAUGUAUUUUGUUUUGGAAUCUAUUUUCACUUAGGAGUAUUUUCUGAGUGUAUGUUGGCAUGUCUGAUCUACAUAUCUAUACAGUACAAGUCAGAGUUAAUUUUAGGUGCAUCUUUUUAAACUGGUCAUAUGGCCUCUUGGGAAAUGUCUUGACUCCCUCAUUUAACAUUUGGAGUUUCACUUUCCAAUUUGGGUCACUAAUUCCAUCUUAUUAUGGAACAUUGAAAGUAAGCCUUCCUGACAAUAACAUUUUCUUGAUAGGGAAACUUGACAGGUAGAAUAACAGUAUUUUCCAGUAAAAGAGAAGAGACUGAUAAAAUAACAAAAUAUGUUUUUAUUACUACAGGAAGACAGCAACGGUUUUUGAAAUUUUUUUACUUGAGAAAGGGAGAGAUUCCCUUUGCUGGCUCAUUCCUCAAAUGUCCACUUGACCAUGCUGGAGCCAGGGGUUGAGAACCACAUGCACACUGCUGUUGAGCCAUCACCACUGCCUCCCUGCAUCUUCACUGGCAGCAAGCUGGAGUCAGGAGCAGGACCCUGAGGUAGAAUUCAGUUGCUCCCAAGUGAGGUGAGAGCAUCUUAACCAUGAGGCUAAAUACCUGCACCCAGGUGUUUUGAUUUGAAGUGUGAAAUAACUGAAAUUAUAAAAAAUAAUAACGUUUAUAAAAUGUUAGCGAUUUUCUGCCUUGACAAGUCAAAGCAAUAAGUUUAAAAAACUGAUUUUCCUCUUUAUUUAACACAGAAGUACAAGAAGAAUUUAAGGAAUAAUUAAACCAAGGAACCAUGUUAAAAGAAUUUGUUGAUCAAAUAUAAUCUUAUGACAGUUGAGUGAAUAAAAAUAGCAGGUGGAAGCAUAAAAUGUGAUAAUUGAAAACAACCUGGAAAAUUGCUUUACCUAUUUACACACUUCAGAGUACACACAUACGUGUAUUAAGUACUUCCCUGUGUGAGUUGCACUUCAAAGUUUUUCACCUGUCUGUGGAAUCCAGUAGAUUGUGAAUCCUCUGAGUCUGAAUUUCUGCUAUUAAAAUGCAAGUAAUAUUACCCUACUUAAAUCUAAAGGUUACUGUAAAGAUAAAGAAUAAAGGACUCUAAAGGAC